CAGAACGGCUGGGGAAUAGAUCACCUGUUUCUCCGAAUCCUGGCCACCCAUCUGUCUCUAUCUUUCUCUCUCUCUUUCUCUUUGCGUGUAUGUCAUCCCUUUUCUACCAUUCUGAUUGUCGCAUCACACAGUCUUGUCUUCCUUUUCCAUUACUGACACUAUCUUUCCCAUCUGCAACGGACCAGCAACAGUAUUACUUUUAGAAUGGUCCAUGCAUCCUCCAUCACAGAGGAUGCUCUACAGCCAGGGGACAGAUCACCCUCCUCUGUAUCUCUUCCACCAGACAACAAAAGCAUCCUCAACCAUAAUAAAAAGAGAUCCGAUGAGGGAUUGUCUUCCGAGCUAAAAACCGACAUCCCAACCACAACAACCUCCUCCACUGUCUCACAUCUCUUCCCUAUCACACCACAUACCUAUCAAGCAGCACAGGAUUGGGCUUGGAAAAAUAGAACUGUAUUGGCAGCAUCAAGCGCUGCUGUAUGCAGUGUGCUGUCGGGCUUCCCUUUUGAUUCUGUCAAGACAAGGAUGCAGACACAUUCAUACAACUCUAUUAUGGACUGUGUUAAAAAAACAUAUGCAGAAGAGCGACUGGGAGGAUUCUUUCGAGGUAUGAUCCCACCUCUUAUUACGGUCUCGAUCAUCAAAUCCAUUUCCUUCUCUGUGUACGAGGGAACUAAACAAAACGUCAGGAGUUAUGCUGACGCCAUGCAUGGUAAUACGAUACCAUCGCUAAUUGGCCUUACGUUUAUUUCAGGAUCAGUCGCAGGGACAGUCGUUGCCUUGAUGUCCAGUCCUCUGGAACUUGUGAAGCUGCAGCGACAAUUGGAGAAAUUAAUGGAGAUGCAUGCGAGGAAGGAGGCAGAGAUUACAGCAUUGACAGGCGAUACUCUUUUAAGACAAGGAUUGCCUAUGGACAAAAAAACUGGAAGUUCAGCUGUGUCGCCUGCGGCCGCUGUGAGAGCAGAGAGGCAGUCCCAUGGAUCGGUCUCCCAAUAUGGAAUACCACCGAAAGAAGAGGCUGGAGCAUCUAGUUGGAAGACUGCAAAGGCUAUUGUACAAAAGAAGGGCUGGACUGGACUGUACAAGGGCGCCAACCUGCAUAUCGCUAGAGACCUGUUGGGCACAGGUAUCUACUUUUCAAGCUAUGAGACCAUCAAGCGACUUAUGUCGGAAACGAUUGAACAUAUUAGACCCCACCACGACAUGAAACCUACAUCUGGAUCGGCGGAAACACCGAUGACAGCUCAAUUCAAAGGUCCAGGACCAAUGGUCCACUUUUUUGCUGGUGGUCUCUGCGGUGUAUUCUCUUGGUUGGUGGUCUUCCCAAUUGAUCUUGUCAAGAGUGUAGUCCAGAAAGAGGUUCUGGUAUCUAAUCCAAAGUACUCUGGCGCAUUUGAUUGUGCUCGAGAUAUUGUCAGACGCGAAGGUGUACGCGGGCUGUAUCGAGGACUGAGUGUCACAUGCUACAGAGCCAUGCCGAUCCACUCGCUUAAUUUCCUAGUGUAUGAAGCUGUAAUGGACUAUGUAAAGCAAUGGUCGGGCCACGGUGGCGAUGUACUGCCACCUGGAGCGCGAUAAUGGGAUUAGUGAUAAACACCCUCAUGAACUGAAAGCAUCCAAUAGAUAUACUGUUUUGGCAUAGAAUAGACAAAAAAGAAGAAGAAGAAAAAACC